AGCAAGAGCCCUCUGGGGCCUCAGGCAGAGGAGUGAAACUGGAACCAUCAGGGAACAUGAGUGAAUUUUGGCACAAACUGGGCUGCUGUGUGGUAGAGAAACCCCAGCCGAAGAAGAAGAGGAGACGGAUUGACCGGACCAUGAUUGGGGAACCAAUGAAUUUCAUCCACCUGACUCAUAUUGGGUCUGGAGAGAUGGGGGCUGGAGAUGGACUUGCCAUGACAGGUGCAGUUCAGGAGCAAAUGAGAUCCAAGGGAAACCGAGACAGGUCAUGGAGCAGUUCUCGGGGCUUAUAGCUCCAAUAGAAAUGGUUCUCCUGUCUCGAAGCGCCACUCUGUCCAGCCCAGAAGAUACGCUGCCCUCUCCAGAUCCCUCCUAGAACCAGUGACCCCAGGGCCCCUCUUCUCCCUUUCUGUCUAACAGCGCUUCAGAAGGCUUGGGGGCUGGACUCCCUCAACUUCCUCUGGCUGUAGCCCCUCCUGGAGAUGGGGUCAAGGCAGCAGGACUGACCACAUGACUACUGGUUGGCCAGAGGAGCUCAGCUGAAGCCUGGAUACCCUCAGAUCUGAGUUAGGAGUUCUCCGAGAACCUGGGAUGAGUUCUGGUCUCCUGAAUGACGUCUGGGUGCCAGCUGUUAAACUCUUAACCUGGAACUCCUUACAUGGGGGUAGGUGGGUGAGAUUACCAAAGCUGAAGCUGGCUUUGCUGAGAAGCUCCCUACCUCCCAGCUCCUCCCCUCUUCCCCCCUGGAAUGAACUGAAGCAGAUACCAGGCAGAGGCUGAGAGGGUAAUCACUGUUUAGUCCACCCUUUCUCUUUCAAUUUCAGACUUCAAGCUCACAGCCCCUCAAUAUCUCUCUGCCAACACCACCAGAGUUUUUCUCUAGUUAGGCCUUUAACCCUGUUUUUCUGUAGCAUUACUAGCUCCCCAGCAUCUUUCCUAUUUUUUAAAUUAAGAUGUGUUCUCUUAAUUACCACUACUACCUCUGUCCUUAACCCCAACUCUGUCAGGAGCCUUAAUUUCCCACUGAAUAAGAGUCAAGAGGUGGGUCUUAGCCUGAUGACAUUCCUUCACCCAUUUAAGUUCUGGGGACCUGGCCAGCCCUUUGCCAACCUCCCUGCUGGCCCAGGUGAGGGGAGGAAGAGGAGUCUGGAGAGAAACCCAGAAUACAGCAAAACUAGGAUUUAUAUCUCAGGGAGGACUUCCUGGCCAUUGAGGACAGGGGAGGUGGUAAGAUAAACGGGUUAAAAACAAGCAUCUGCGAGUUUAGGUGUCGAAAGAUCCUCACAGCAUGAGAGCAGGGGGAGGCUCUAGAGCAAGGUUUCUCAGUCUAGGCACUUUGGACAUUUUGAGCUGGAUAAUUCUUUGUAGUGGGGGGCUGCCCUCUGUCGUGUAUAUGGUAGCGUCUCUGGCCCACCCUCGUUGUGACAGCCAAAAAUGUCUCCAGACAUUCCCACAUGUCCCCUAGGGGCAAAAACUGCCCCCCUACUUGAGAACCACAGCUCUAUAGAGUCAAGAUAUUUUUCUCUUAAGUGAUUUCCAUGCCCCCACCCCACCCCCAGCCCCUUAUCCAUCCUAAGGCUGAGCCGUGGUUGAGCUAGGACCUCUUGUAAAGCAGGGCCAAUAGUGCUGCAGAUGUCUCCAAAUGAUUUUUCAUUUGGUGUGUUGCCUAUGCUUGCCUGACUUCAUGUCUCUGUCAUGGACAUGUACCGUGCUUCUCCAUUCUUGCUGUCUGGAGGAGGGAUUCCUGUAGUGUGGAGACAUGAAUAGGGUAUGGUGGAACUGGGGGAAGGGAAGAAAAAAGGAAUAGUGCUAUAGACACCCCAACUUGUCCUCCACAAAUUUAAACUCUGUUUCUGUGCCCUAGUACUAGAACCAGACAUGGAUAAGACUCAGGGAGUUUUGUCUGAAGACCAGGUCCCACUUCCCACCUUCCUUUAGGUGGGAAAGCAGUGUAGAAGCAGGGUCUUCAGGCUGCUGCUUUCAGUUUUUUUCAGGUGUUCUUUGUUCUAGCUCCUUCCUUGCAGGGUGAUUAGGAAGGCAGAACAAGACAAAUGAGCUCCUGUUUACUGAGACAAGAAGGUGGGUCUCUUGUUCGCUCUUUAAUAGGAAGCAUCCUGUUCUGUAGUAGUGGGGGUCAGGAACAUGGGAACUGGGAUCCACUUUGAUGAUCCCAUCAUCUACCCAGUUUGCCCCCAUCUACAGUGAUUGAGGUUUUAAUUUUUCCAAAUUUCAGUGUACUUCCUGCAGUUCUUCAGGGUCUAAAAUUGAUCAUAGAGAUAUACUCCCAGUUUACUAUUUCAGUCAAGCUAGUUGCUUUGAAAGUAGCUUAGCUUGUUACCCUUAAGUAGCUCAAUAGCUUGAGAGUUGUGUUAGAUCUGAACGGUUAACAGGACAGGGUAGAAAGGUGGAGGCCUUCUGAAUUCUCUGAUCUUCAGCCUCAUUCUAAUUAAUACCUGUUCUUUGGACACAAUCUUCUCUUUCCUUUGGUGCUCUCUUGCCUUUAGCUACCUUCUCUAAUGUGUAUGCUACCAUCACUUAAACAAUUUUUAGGGUGAUGGGAAUGGGUUUGAGAGUCGUAAUUUAUAUUAAAAUUUUUUGAACUUUUAAAAACAUUUUUCAAAUAAAAAAUUUUUAAGCAAAA